CUGGGAAGGAGAGCUGCUGUCUGGGCCCAGCCUGAGGCUCAGCCCUGCUCCCCAUUCUCUUUUACUUUCAGUUUUGAUUGCUGUGACUUUCUGAGCCCCAGAAUGGAGACAGGCCCUGCUGGUGGGGCUCCUGAGCCUGUGAGAUCCUGAUCAACGGCAUGGAGGCCUGGCCAGAAUGGGGGUCUACCCCCCAGAGCUGGGCACCCGCGGCCAGCGUCCUGAGACUGGGGCUGUGUCUCUUUCUCCUGGGCUGCCAGCAGCGUGUCCUGGCCCAGCACCUGUGCCCCGAGGAGGAGUAUCCAGUGGGCACUGAGUGCUGCCCGAAGUGCAACAAAGGUUACCAUGUGAAGCAAGUCUGCAGCGAGCUGACAGGCACCGUGUGCAUGGCCUGCCCCCCGGGGACGUUCACGGCCCACCCCAACGGCCUGAGCCAGUGUCUGCCCUGCCGACAAUGUGAGCCAGACAUGGGCUUGGUGACGGAGCAGACGUGCCUCAGCACGCAGGACACGGUGUGCCGCUGCAGCCAGGGCCACUUCUGCCAGGAUGGAGACAGUGUGUCGUGCAUGGCCUGCUUGUCACACAGCACCUGCCACCCAGGCCAGAGCGUGCUCCAGAGAGGCACUGACAAGCAGGACACAGUGUGUGCUGACUGCCAGCCUGGCACCUUCUCGCCAAAUGGGACACUAGAACAAUGUCUGCCUUGGACCAAGUGCAGUACAUGGAUGGAGAAGGAAGCGGUGCCUGGGACCAACAGAACCGACGUCACUUGCUCCUUCAAGGGGAGCAAGGGCUUUGUCCUGCUUUUGACCAUCCUCAUCCUGGCUCUGCUUGCUCUGGUCAUGCUAUCAAUCUACAUGCUGAAGAAAAGACUCAGGACUUCGGGCUCUCGUGAUGUCAUCUAACCAGGUUUUUAUUCUGGAUUUAUCUGGCAGCAGAAUAGAUGAGAUGAAGCCAAUGAAUCUACAGUCUCGGAAGCCCCGCCAGCCGCACCCGCCGCACGGGAGAGAGCCGGUCAGGGACGCCCGUGGUUGGAUCUACAGCCUGUGUGACCUGUAGGACAGCGCCUGCUGGACACCAUGUGAGAAUGGCGCCCAUCCUGGGCAGGUCCCAGCUUCCCACAGCAGGAAGGAUGAGUCACCACACGCCUCCCCGUCCACCAAACGGG